GUAUUUACGGAAGAUGAAAAUGGUUAAAUAGAGUAGAAAUUGUUCUGUUGGGCUUUUCUUCUUCUUCAUCGCUCGUUUGUUUGUCGGCAGAGAGACACAGAACAAAGGAUGGAGAGCAAGUACAGUUUGUGGCAGUUGGGCGAUGAUCUCCGAGGACAAACAAAAGUAGUGUCGGACGAUCACAAAUGGAUGGAUGUUGCAUCUAAGCUGGCUGAGCAGACGAGGAUAAAAGGAGAACGGAGGAAUAAUCUCGACCCAUCAAAAGGAGCUGAAGCAGCUAGGACAUGGGGAAAUGCAGGAGGAUUCCAGGAAGAUAACAAAUUUGAAAGUUUUUAUUUUAACAUGCUUAAUCUUGAAUCCAAGAUGACAGAAAAUAUGAACAGGUCAUCUUUGAGAAGUGGUAUGAUGAAUAACCAAUACAUGAAUGUAGCCUAUCAGAAGAGCAUGAAUAUUACUGGUGGGAACUUGGCCGAAAGCAAGUAUGGCAUGAAUAGCCAUUACAAAGAGGCUAAAAACAGCGAUUACAACAACAACAAUUCUGAUAGUACCAGCACAAAUGUUGCAGUUGACAAAAGGUUCAAGACAUUACCUGCUGCUGAAACUCUUCCAAGAAACGAAGUUCUUGGUGGGUACAUAUUUGUAUGCAAUAACGACACUAUGCAGGAAGAUCUAAAGCGACAACUAUUUGGGUUGCCACCAAGGUAUAGAGAUUCUGUGAGGGCAAUUACACCGGGUUUGCCUUUGUUCCUGUAUAACUACACUACUCAUCAACUGCAUGGCAUUUUUGAGGCUGAAAGUUUUGGUGGGUCUAACAUAGACCCAAUGGCUUGGGAAGACAAAAAAUGUAAAGGAGAAUCAAGGUUUCCUGCUCAGGUAAGGAUUCGGAUUAGAAAAGUAUGCAAGGCUUUGGAGGAAGACUCGUUUAGGCCCGUUCUGCAUCACUACGACGGGCCAAAGUUCCGACUUGAGCUCUCAGUUCCAGAGACCCUUGACUUGCUAGAUCUGUGUGAACAAGCUGGUGGUGUGUAAAUUAAAAUCCAACUGUAUGAGUUUCAUCGAGCAAAAUAGGUGUGUUUGUAGUAGCCAACUAGUGUUGUUUGAGUGAGUUAUGUAUGUGUAUUCUCAUAGCGCAAGCUUGGGAAAGCAUGAGAAUCUGCCAGUCCAAGGCAUGAUGAAAUUUGUUGUUUAGUUGCUUAUGUUAUAUGUCCUCCCUCCUUAGAAAGACCCUUUUAAUCUUGUGGGCUUACAUUGAUUGAGGAUGAUCAAGAAAGAAAGAAAGAAAAGAAGUGAUGGAAGAACAAUGUUGAUGCUGCAUUACUUCUUCAGUUCUCAAGAAUGUAAUGUUCUGUUUUCUUUGUUUCCUUACUUGUUUGUGAGAAUCGAUGCUGUUGUUGUAACAAUAAUUAUUGGGUCUUUCUUAGACCCUGGAACCCCCAAAUGAUACUUGUUUUUCUGUGUUAA